CAGGAGCACCAGCAUCAGGAGCAGCAUCCGCCUCAGAGAAAGCAGAGUGGUUCCCCACAGGGAGAGCUGGAAACAGUGACAGGGGAAGAGUUGGAGGAGCAGCGCAGAGUUCUGCAGGAUGAUGGAGACAAAGGGUACAUGGCAUAGCAUCUUAGUAAGGGCAGGGUGAGGGGGCAGAGCACUAUUGGCCUGGGACACAUGGAUGCACCCCUCUUGGUACCUGGUUCCCUUCUUCAGGUCCAGGGCUUGGAGAGCGGUGACUAGGAAGAGGCUGAGCUGCUCCUUAGUAGUCAGGACUAUCAAAGAUUUAUAGCAGGAGAGAGGGAGACCCUUGAUGGGAGGAGUAAUAGUGGCAGAAGAGAAAGGAAAAUAUUAGAUCUUGUAUUUACUCUCAGGGGGGGGGAGGAGGGUAGAGAAAGCCACGUUCCUCACAGGGACAUUCUCAGAGACAAGUGCGGAGUGAGAGGAGUGGAGGAAGCCUGGGCUUUGAGGAGCCACCAUCACCAUCAUCCCAGGCUGAGGCUGCUGUCACUAGAUCUAGGGGUGCCUGCGCCCCUCCACCACAGCUCACCAUGAUGAUGAUGUCUCUGAACAGCAAGCAGCCCUUCAGCAUGGCCCACAGCAGCAGCCUCCAGGAUGAGCCCAAAUACUCUCUGCACUCCUCCUCCCCACACUCAUCCUCGUCGGCCACCAGCUCCCCCAGUAUAACCAGUGUGAGGACCAGCUCGGGGGGUGCUGGAGGAGGCGGUGGCGGCUCGGAGGCGAUGAGAAGAGCCUGUCUCCCUACCCCACCGAGCAAUAUAUUCGGAGGUCUGGAUGAGAGUUUGCUGGCCCGUGCUGAAGCUCUGGCAGCUGUGGAUAUAGUAUCUCAGUGCAAGAGCCAUAACCACCACCACCACCACACUCCUCACCACAGUCCCUUCAAGCCGGACGCUACCUACCACACUAUGAACACUAUCCCAUGCACGUCUGCCUCCUCGUCUUCUUCAGUCCCCAUCUCCCAUCCUUCUGGAGUGGCUGGCUCCCACCAUCACCACCACCACCACCACCAUCACCACCACCAGCCCCUGGAAGGAGAACUUCUAGACCACAUUACCCCAGGGCUGACAUUGGGGGCCAUAACAGGACCUGAUGGCUCCGUGGUGUCCACUCCAGCUCACCCUCACAUGUCAAGCAUGAAUCCCAUGCACCAGGCGGCACUCAGCAUGGCACAUGCCCACGGGCUGCCAUCCCACAUGGGAUGCAUGAGCGAUGUCGACGCCGAUCCGAGGGACUUGGAAGCCUUUGCUGAGAGGUUCAAGCAGAGGAGGAUCAAACUCGGGGUUACCCAAGCAGAUGUGGGGGCUGCCCUUGCCAACUUGAAGAUCCCCGGGGUGGGCUCUCUCAGUCAGAGCACCAUCUGUAGGUUCGAGUCCCUCACCCUGUCCCACAACAACAUGAUCGCCCUCAAGCCCAUCCUGCAAGCCUGGCUGGAGGAGGCCGAGAAGUCUCACCGGGAGAAGCUCACCAAGCCCGAACUCUUCAAUGGGGCCGAAAAGAAGAGGAAACGCACCUCCAUAGCUGCCCCGGAGAAGAGAUCUCUGGAAGCCUACUUCGCCAUCCAGCCCAGACCUUCUUCGGAAAAAAUCGCAGCGAUCGCCGAGAAACUGGACCUGAAAAAGAACGUGGUCCGGGUCUGGUUCUGUAACCAGAGGCAGAAACAGAAACGAAUGAAAUACUCUGCCGGGAUAUAGACUAAAGCGGGGAUUUUUAUAAUGGACACCCAGAGUUUUUAUUCCUUAGAAUCUAUCUGUAUAUAGACCCCCAGGAUCAUCCCUCCUUCCUAAUCCCUCCUGUAGGUCACUAGUGUCCUGCUGACCCCAGAUCUACAGUCAGUGGUAAUGGACCAGGACUGCACAAGUAAGACACGUUUUUCUUAUUUGCCCGAUUAAUCGCGACUAUUUGUAAGACAAUGCGGAUCCCGGGAAAAAAGAGACUGAUGCUGGGGACCCGAUUGCCGCCAAACCAUUUCUAUCGAGUCCAGUGUUAACUAAUAUAUCAGAUAUAAAUAUAUAUAUAUAAAUAUACAGUACAUAUAUUUUUAAUGUGAUGAUGAGUAUAUUUGUCCCCUGUUGUGACUCUGGUCUAGAUAACAUCACCCUGAUGUAUUUGUCACGAUUUUUAUUACUAUUAUUUCGUUUACAGCCUAUGGGGAUUUGUCGUUUACAAGUUGAUUUGCUGCUUCUGAAUCUGUUUCACACAAGUUAGAUGCACAGAUAACACAGGUUUUACAUCCAAAGCAACAAAUACAGUGAAAUUCAUAGACAUCUGUAGAUUUCCAUAGCCAGGGCCUACAGUCCUUUAUACUGAGCAGAUUCUGGCCUCUUGGGUGCUGGAGCCUUCUGCCUCAAUUCUUUCCAUAUUUAAUGGGGAUCCCCAAUAAUGCAAUACCAUUAUUGGGUCUACAUAGCCUGAAGAACCUGCAUUGAUACAAUCCACUCCAUGAGGUAGACACGUAUUGCUGGGGGGCCCAAUGUACAAGCAUAGUGUAAAUAGUUUCGUUGAACACACAUAAAACACCUAUAAAUAUAUUCUAACCGGUUCUUGCUGUAUUGAUUCCAGGUUGUCUGUCCUGUAAAAGACUGGAUUGACUUGUUUUGCUAUUGACGCUUUUAUUUAUUUCUUAUGGUAAUGUAUUAAGUUAUUCCAAAUGUUAAUUUGUCUUUGAUUAAAAACAAAAAAGAGAGAGAGAAAGAGAGAAAAAAAAAAACUUUGACAGUUGUUUGUAAAGAAAUUUUAUUUAAAAGAACAAAAAAAAAAAUUUAAAAAAAAAAAGUUUGUCUGGACUUGUGUGAAACUUCCAGCAUACUCUAUCAAUGGUAAUAAAAAGAUGUAAAUAUCAGAGCUCUGGUUUUGGAACUCU